AUGUUAUACAAGAUUUUGCUGGUCUCAGUGAUACCUAUUAUAGCUAGCGCUGAUAUCGUCUGUGCACCAGGUACUUAUAUAAAGGACAAUCAAUGCUUGAAGGUCCCAUAUGGAUGCUACCAGACUAGGCUUAAUGCUCUUAGCUAUAAACAGUGUCCAAAGAAUCACUACUGCGCUGAGCCAGAUCAAGAUCCAGAACCAUGUCCUUAUGGAAUGAUAUCUCUUGACACAGACCGAUGUGAGGAUCACUAUGAGUGCCACGAACAAGAUACCUUUAGAACUCAAGUUUAAAGUGCAACAUUCAAAUAUCAAACAAACGUUUAAAUCAAGAAAUUAGCUGGCCAGUCUUCUCUUGGAAAAUGUGCCAAGUUUGUAAGAGAAGCUGUUCAAUUGGCAAAAGGCUUACCAGAUGAGCCAACAGGCAUUGAAUCUGCAAAGGACUACGGCCCAUGGUUGGUAAUGCAAGGAUAUACAAGCACUUUAAAGUCAUAUACCUAGGCUUAAAUUGGAGACGUUGCAGUUAUGGAAGGAAGUAAAGAUCAUCCUCACGGUCAUAUUACCGUUUAUUGUGAUGAUGGGCACUGGAGAUCUGAUUUUGUACAGAGAAACUUCUAUCCAUACAAGGACGGCUCUUAGCCAAAUUAUGUUAUUUACGAAUGA